UCUUUGGAAUCAGCCUAAGCUCUGAAUUUGGCUCUACUACUCACUGGCCAUACAGCCAAAGCUAUGGUUUUUCUAGUAGUCACGUACAGAUGUGAGAGUUGGACCAUAAAGAAGGCUGAGCGCCAAAGAGGUGAUGCUUUUGAACUGUGGUGCUAGAGAAGACUCUUGAGAGUCCCUUGGACUGCAAGGAGAUCAAAUCAGUCAAUCUUAAGGGACAUCAACCCUGAGUAUUCAUUGGAAGAACUGAUGGUGAAACUCUAAUACUUUUGCCACCUGAUGCGAAGAGACGACUCACUGGAAAAGACACGAUGCUGGGAAAGAUUGAGGGCAGGAGAAGGGGGCGACAGAGGAUGAGAUGGUUGGAUGGCAUCACUGACUCAAUGGACAUGAGUUUGAGUAAACUGGGUAACAAUGAAGAACAGGGAAGCCUGGCGUGCUGCAGUCCAUGGGGUCUCAAAGAAACAGACACGACUUAGCAACUGAACAACAAUAACAAUUCACUGAUCAGGACCUAACCUGCUGGAGCCUUCAUCUCCUUCCUCUCCUCUAUGAGAGAGGGAUGACAAUAACCAACUCACAGAGUCGAGUGAGGGUUAAAUGAGAUACUGCAGUUCUGAGUGGAGUACCGGGCAUUCUUCUGGGGCCUGAGAAUCGCUGACUUUUGUCUUUAAUAUGUAACAUGUGUCACUAAUACCUGGCCCUAAAGGAAUGGCUUUGAUAAGAAAACCCAGCCGUCCUGUGCGUGACAUCUUUGGCGACCUCAGUGAUAUUUCCUUAGAAGACUCAACGAUGGAGGACAUGCGGAACUCUGGUAUCAGUAGAAGUCUUACCAAAAUAGCACCUGGUCCCAGCAGAUUUUUAAAAAGAAACCAGACUCUGGGUGGAAAACACUUCCUGCCGAAAGACAACGCUGUCCUGGGGAGUGAGCCCUGGCGCUCUUCAAAUAGACCGUCAACCACUGCCUCCAAGGUCAGGGCCAACGCGGCGCUCACGAAGUUGGCUCAGAUAGAGAGCAAGAUCAGGAAUCGGAAGGUGCGGAUGGGUCCGUCAGAAGCUGAACCCGAGGACUGGCUCCCUAGCAGAGCAGAGGGAACUCGCCCCAGAAGGACGGCUGACCUUUCUUCACAGAACUCAGGACAACCCUCCCCGGAACAGGCCCUUGAAAUUCCUCUCCCUGAGACAGACAUGCCGAGUGGGAAGGCCAGUAGGUUUCUAAAGAAGAGAGAAGCAGGGGUGGAAAAGAUGGCUGUGGAAGCCCAGGCUGGGAAGGAGAGGGAUGCUCAAAGACCCAAGGAGAGACAACCCCCUAGAACACUGGAUUCUCCAGACAGUGAUGAAGAGGAAAUGAAAGAGUUGCUAGGGAGCUUGAUAGAAUCUUCCAGGGAAAAAGAAACACCCACCAAUCAGGGUUUCACCAGCACCAAAGCCAGUGAGAAAGAACAAACAAAACUAGCCUCGAAUGAAAUCCCAACUCCACCGAGGGCCUUUUCACGGCCCAUCAAGGAUCUUCCCAGCUCAAGGCCCUUCCCCACUUCACGGCUGUCAACCUCACGGUCAGCAGAUGGGACCCUUCGCGGUGCUGGCUUGAGAACUCGCUCCCCACAGACGCACACGUCUGCCUCCUGCACGGUGUCACUUUCCAUCCCUGGUGCCUUUCCGGAGUCAGUGCCCUCGACCUCGGAGGACGACGAGCUCUCAUCCUCCCUGAGAAGGAGCGAGCCUGGGCCCCAGGAGGAGCCUCCCUCAGAAGCCACCGAUGACAGUCUGAACGAUUUUAGAAUAAACAUUUUAUCCCUGGAUGAUCUGGCUCCAGCUGUCAGUGAGAAAUCAGACUUGGAAUGGAAAGAAGAAGGUCAGGGGGGCAAGGCAUCCAGUGGAAGGCCCUGGGCAGGAGAUCCCCGCUCUGAGAGCGAGAUCUCCGAGCGCCUGAGUGAGCCGUCGGCCUCGUCCCCUGGGCCCCAGGGCAUUUGUUGCCUGGGGCCGACGUCUCUGGAACCUGUGGCCAGCGUGGGAAGCUUGACUUACUCAGAAGAUUUUGAAAAAUCCCCCAGUCCCACAGCAUCUGAGUCAACGGCCUGUUCAGAGGAGUCUCCCGACAGGACACUGGCCACUCAGUCUGAAUUUUCUGCAAGUCUGAAGUCAGACCUCCCUCCCUCAAGUCCCAAGUCACGGAAAAAGUGGGCCAGGGGUGUCCCAAGAGUCGUGGUGAAGGAGACGGCUGUGCAGACACCCGACCCCGCCUUCACCUACCAGUGGGCUGAGGCGGCUGGCGUGGCAUCCAUCGGACCAGCCCUGGGAGGUGCCUACGUGGACCCGGCACCCAUCACCAGCCAUGUCAUCAGUGCAGACGCCAUAGAAGCCCUGACCGCAUACAGCCCAGCCGUGUUCGCGCUCAACGAUGUGCUGAAGCAGCAGCUGAGCCUGACGCAGCAGUUCAUCGAGGCCAGCCGGCACCUGCACGCGUCCCUGCUGCGCUCCCUGGAUGGAGACUCAUUCCACUACCACACCCUGGAGGAAACCAAAGAGUACAUCAGACGACACAGGCCCGCCCUGCUGACCAUGGAGGAGGCCCUGGAGGAGGUGAAGAAGGAGCUAUGGAUGCCAGGAGGGGAGAUGGACCCGAGGAUCUGAGGAGCUGGUCCCAUACGCCGGCCGUGACACUCACCCCUGAGACCCCAGGGGGCAUUUGGUGGGUGGGGGCGCUCGUCAUUUCCAGCCGAGUAGCCCCCGUUUCGUCGGCGUGCCUGUCGUUGGGAGAGGACAGCACAGGCCAGUGAAGUGGAACCCAGGUGGAGCCUGUCACCACGCGCGCAGGACGGCGGGAUGCCAGCGUGCCAGGUGAUGCCACGUGGAGUGGCUCCACCGGGGCAGGUGCUGGCUUCUCAGGGGCUCAGCAGACGGUGGGGGUGAGGAGCCCCCCUGACUAACGAGGGAGCAGGGCCACGCAUCCACGCUGGGGACCCCCGUGAGAUACCCAGGCAGAGCUCCAACCCAACUCCACGAUUCAGACAGUCUGCACUCAGGACGCGCCUCCCCGCCCGCCUCAGCCUGAGCACGCUUCUGAUUUAAAUGCGCAGAGAAAAAGGUCUUUAA